AUGAAGAUCCUCAAAAACCCAGCAAGAAUUCUCCCCUCUCCAUCACUAUUAACAAUCUCUCUGCUCCUCCUCUUUGUCAACACAAUAAAGUGUUCACCAUUCACAAUACAGGAAGCGACAAUCGAAGAAAUCCAACAAGCUUUUGCUCGAAACGAACUAACUUCAAAACAACUAGUCAACUUCUACUUAGACAGAAUCCAAGAACUGAACCCUCUUCUUCACAGUGUGCUAGAAGUCAAUCCAGACGCAUUAGAAGAAGCUGAAAAGGCUGAUCAAGAAAGGGAAAGAAACCAGGGCCGUUGGUUCUUGGGGGACUUGCAUGGAAUUCCAGUGCUGUUGAAAGACAGUAUAGCGACUAAAGACAAGUUGAACACGACUUGUGGAUCUUAUGCCUUGGUGGGGUCAGAGGUUGCACGUGAUGCCCACGUGGUUGAGAAGUUGAGGAAUGCUGGUGCUGUGAUUCUAGGGAAGGCCAGUCUUGAUGAGUGGUAUCAUUGCAGGUCUUUUGAUAUUCCUGAUGGUUGGUGUGCUAGAAGUGGUCAAGCUGAGAAUCCUUAUGUUGAAUCGGGAAACCCAUGUGGUUCAAGCAGUGGAUCGGCAAUAUCAGUGGCUGCAAAUAUGGUGGCAGUAUCACUGGGGACCGAAACUGAUGGUUCUCUCAUCUGCCCUGCAGAUCACAACUCAGUUGUUGGGCUCAAGCCAACAGUUGGCCUCACUAGUCGGGCUGGUGUCAUCCCAAUUUCGCCUCGCCAGGACUCCAUUGGGUAA